UACGAGGGUGGAUGUACGUCAUCUCUCUCUCUCCUCCCACCAUUCACCGCCUUCCCCAUGGUGCUACCCAUUACCUCGCUAUCUGACGCUACCCAUUACCGUGCUACCCACCCAUGGAUUGUAUAUAACUAUUAAUGCAAGGGAAAAAAAAGGCAUCUCAGUGACUUACUGGUAUGUGUGUUUAAUAUCGACUUUGACAGCCCAGUUACGAAGGAUUACUUUCCUCGGGUCUGAUGUAUCUCCUCCCUGGAACGGAGGUAUGAUAGCGCUCACACAGACAAGAGAGGGGAAACCCAGUAGUGGCCAGCAGAGAAGCGAGGCCAGGAGCUGAGACUCGACUACUGCAAUCACAAAAAAGAAUAAAGUUCGGUGGCUUCCGUCUGUCUGAUGCUGCAGCAGACCGAACUAGAAGACCACUUCCCAGCCCACUCACCUACAAUGUCUGCUGACUGCGAGGCUGUACCGCCACAGCUGCUUCCCACCAGUACUCUGUCUCCCGACUCGCCCGUCACCGCUGCUGCCACUCCCUCAGAUCGACAUGGCUCAACUGGCAUCAGUUACGAAGGGAGAAUCUCUGUUAUUCCGCCCCUGGGAGGAUACGAAGCCACAAUGAGAGCGGCAAUGGAACUAGAUCGCGUACAUCUAAGAGAUCAACAGGUUCCAAUGGAAACGAGUCUUCACUCUGAUCGUCAAUGCGAUGGGAUACAGAUUCAGAAGAAUUUCCGUCACUUGUACGAACAACGCGUCAGGAUAAACGAGGCUAGUCAUAUGCACGCACAGCGAGAGGAUCUGAGACAGGCGUAUCCUCAGCCUCAAGAUAUUAGCGCUCUCAAAGAUGAACCCAUGACUAUAUCCAGCGAACAAGAUGCGGAAACCACAGCAGAAAAUGAAUUUAGUCCUCAUUUUUCCCAGUCCCAUCAGUCACCUGGCGACAGUGCUUAUAUUCCCAGAGAGCAGUCUCCGACAGCUGGACAUUCGCAGGAGAUGAGUAUUAAGGAAGAGCCAAAACAGGUAGAGGAAUCUCAAACUGAAGCUUCGGAACGUGAAGACUGCGAUCGGGAUAACGAUUCCAACACUGUGCUUCGGUUUGCUCGACCUGACCAAAGUGAUCCAACAAGAUCUCCAAUUGAAAAAGCUGGAGAAUCACCGGAUCUCCCAACAGAUUCGGCUAGAAUUCAGUCCAACAAGGAGCAGAGUCAGUCUUUCCAUGCGUAUGAUCCCUCAUACGGGAAUACUGGAAACCUAGAGAGAAUGUCUCCCUAUGAUGGGACUUAUCAGGGGAUUAAUGAACACAUGCCAUCCAGCGUGGAACCAGAUGGUGACGAUACCACAGAUUCCUGUAUGAUGAAUAGCGACGGUGAUAUGGAUCAUCUCUCCCGCUUGCAAAACGCCAUGAAGUUAUCAGGAGUCAUGUCCGGGAAUGAAGGGGAAACAGGAGACAAACCUCAACUGUUUCAGUGCCAUAUUUGCUCAUAUUCUGGGACGUCUCGCUUUCACUUCAACGCUCAUCUUAACACUCACUACGACCACAAGUGUGCAAAGUGUGAAUUUACCACCCAUACAGAGCCCAAGCUGAGAGAACACAUGCAGGAAAAGCACGGCAUGAGCGUCGAUUCAAACGAGGACCUGGAGAGUAUCCGAGUGCCACGAGUCAAUGCACAGGGGAAAGUGAAAACAUUUAAAUGUAAACAGUGCAAAUAUGUGGCCAUUACCAAGGGUGACUUCUGGGAGCACGCUCGCUCACACAUCAAGAGUGAGAAACUUCUAACCUGCCCUAAAUGCCCUUUUGUUACAGAAUAUAAACAUCACCUGGAAUAUCACCUCAGAAAUCAUUUUGGGUCGAAACCUUUCAAAUGUAACAAGUGUAAUUACUCCUGUGUGAAUAAAUCAAUGCUAAACUCGCACAUGAAGUCCCAUAGUAAUAUAUAUCAAUAUCGGUGUUCAGACUGCACCUACGCCACUAAAUAUUGUCAUUCUCUUAAACUUCACCUACGUAAGUAUGGUCAUAACCCAGCCAUGGUGCUCAACCCUGACGGAACUCCAAAUCCCAUUCCCAUUAUUGAUGUUUAUGGAACACGAAGGGGACCCAAGCUGAAGAAAGAUGAUAAAGGAAUGCCAAUUCUGCCUCCUCAUUAUCAGAUUCAAGCUCAGCUGUUAAAGGCACAGAUGCAUGUCACCGGGAAGAUUCCUUCAUCAUCAACCUCGCCCCUAGAGAGUCAUGUUCCAGCAGCCAGACAGCCAGGUCCCGUCCCACCACCGUCAUGCACCAGGCCUCCACACUCACCGUUUUCCUACACUUAUCCAAACAUGAUUGAGAACCUCCAAAGUUCUUCGCCAAUCCUUUCUCGAGCUCUUGAAAAGUCCCCCGAGGACCUUUCUCGUCCGCUAGAGGGCCGCGAGCAGUUGCGAGAACUCUUAUUGGAAAGAGAACGUGCAGUGAAUAUUAAUCCUAUGUCACCAAAGGAUGUCUUAAGAUGCUCGUUCUGUGACUUCUCCACAGAUCGUCGUGAGUUGUUCUCACAACAUAUGGUGAUUCACGCAGGCUCUGAGCGGCGAGACGAUGUGGAUGACACUCCUAAUUCCCCUCAAACAAUUGAACGUUCUUUAAGCCCAGAACGUCGUUCCAGUUCACCAGUACGCCCUCCCAUUUUUCCACACCAGCAGCCAUCAUUCACUAACAACGAGAUUGGUCCCCUAUAUUCACCUUUAGCUGCAGCUCACAAUCUGAAAGAAUAUCUAGCUCGCAUGAAUCCCUUUAUUUACCAGCAUAUGGUGGGUGGACAUAUUCACCCAGCAUUUGGUCUGCAGCAGCACCUACAGCGCUUUGCUCACCCAGUUCUUCAAGGACCUCGACCUAUUCUGCCUGAGGAGGAGCACCAUCAAUCCUCGCCUCAGUCCUCCAUUCAUCACAUUCUCUCACCUAAAGACGAGGAUGUCUUGGAUUUGAGUAAGGAGCAAACACCGCUCCUGCAGCUCGGCAUGGCUAGUGAACUCACACCGCCUCAACAAAUUAGAGACACCAGCAAGGAACCUCCUCCUCUUCAACAGAGGAAUGAGUCUCAGGCUUCUCUUUCUCCAAAUCACUCGUCUCCUCAGUCCUCAUCUCCCCCGCGCUCAGAGACGUCAACACCACCUUCAAAGAAUCGACGAAAGGGCCGCACUUUCAAAUUAGAGCGUAUCGCUCUGCGACUUAGCGAAAGUGCUGAAGGCGAGAGCAGCGAACAUGACGAAGACAUGAGUAGGGAAAAUGAAGAAAGCCAGAGUAAGAUGUGUGAGAGCCGCAUGCCCCCACUCAUGCCCAUAGCGCAGCAUGGCACUACACAAGAUACCCAGCAGGCCUGGCAAAGUGCCCAUCAAUGCCAGUUUUGUGACGUGGCUUUCAAAGACGUGGUUAUGUAUACCAUGCAUAUGGGUUACCACGGCUACCACAACCCAUUCACCUGUAACAUGUGCGGUCACGAAGCCACGGACAAAGUGGCUUUCUUCCUCCAUAUAGCUCGGUCUUCACAUUCUUGAGCAUCGAUUUAUCUGCAUAGACGCGCUUAACAAUUUAGUGAUCUCACGUAUGUGAGGUGUGAUCUCAGAGAAGACUCACUGAUCUCGCUGGCUGGUGCUGGGCUCAAUGGUGACUGAAUCACCAAUUAUUCCCGAUUUAAGUGUGUAACCAUGUGCACAAGAGUCAUUUAACUCCAAUUCCCAGGCCCUAUAUGAAACCUACAGACUUAGCGCUUCCAGAUGAAAACAAUAUUCUUCCUAGUUCCCUGUUGUGGGUGCCCAUAGGCUAAUGGUUGUUGUUCAAUGAACUGCAUUAAAACGCAGAUUCUAGUCAGCUGUAGCAAUUGUACAUAAAAUAUAAAUAUAUGUGAGUGUAUUCCCUGUAAAUUCAUAUGAUGGUUUAGUUCAAACAUGUUAGAGAAAUUUCCUAAUGAAAUAGAAUGUCUCAUUAAAAUAGUCUUUAGACUUUAGCACAAUUCAGAGAAUUAAUAGUGUGAUUUGAAUAUUUUGUCUCAGUAUUAGUUUGGAUAAAUGCGGGUAUAACAUUGUAGCAACUUAGGUUUAAAGUUUAUGCAAUGAAAGUCUGUUCCACAAAGUUCAUUAGCUUCCCUUCUGUUUGUCAAACUUUAAAGUGACAUUUACGACAAAGAUCGUAACACUGUUCCUUCACAUUGUCCUCUGAAGAUAUAACGAAAAGGUCUCUGGAGAGAUUUUAAGAGCAUUAAUCUCUGGCUUAGGCCCAUUUCAAUAGAUAUGUAUCAUAGGCCUCAGUUGUGUAGGACUACAAGGCCUUGAUGAUGAA